AUGGCGCCGGGCAGCGGGGGCGGGGGCCUGGGCCCGGGCCCGGCUGGAGGACGGGCCCGAGGGCGCCUCCUCCUGGCGGCGCUGGGACUGCUGCUAUGGGUCCGGGGUACCUGGGGCCAGGAAGAGCCCAAAAUCUUGGGCAUGAGGCUGAUAGGCUGCAACAAGACGUGCGGGACCAACGCCGAGGGCAUCCUCUUCGUCUCCGAGGGCAGCCAGGUGAGGCUGAGGUUGUAUGGCCUCAACCUGGACACCUUAAGCCAUAGCCACAUCACCUUCACUGAGCUGGAGACCAUGCAGGAAGUCCACCAAUCCAACUUCUGCGUCGGGGUCACCAAGGACCUGAGGGUCCGCCAGCUAGUCAACCUUAGCGAAGACAACUCAAACGCAUUGCUGAUCAUGGAAACCAAGUACCUAAGGAGGAGUGAGAAUUCUAGACUUUAUGGCCUGUGCACCUGGAGUGGAGGAAAAUGGAUAAGGUGGCCCGGGAAGGACUCCUUGGUCUUCCUCAUGGAGGAAGAGCAUCAGUUACUGCCCCUCUGGCUGCACAUUUUACUUAUCAUGGUGCUACUGGUGCUCUCUGGCAUCUUCUCUGGCCUCAAUCUAGGUCUCAUGGCCUUGGAUCCUAUGGAGCUAAGGAUCAUACAGAAUUGUGGCAAGGAGAAAGAGAGAAGGUAUGCCCGAAAAAUUGAGCCCAUUCGAAGGAAGGGGAACUACCUUCUCUGUUCCCUGCUUCUGGGCAAUGUGCUGGUCAACACUACCCUCACAAUCCUUCUGGAUAACCUACUUGGAUCCGGAGUGGUGGCUGUGGCCUCCUCCACUAUUGGUAUUGUCAUCUUUGGAGAGAUUGUACCACAGGCAAUAUGCUCUCGGCAUGGCCUGGCUGUGGGGGCCAGCACAAUCAAUGUCACUAAAUUGUUUAUGCUAAUUACCUUCCCCUUAAGUUUUCCCAUCAGCAAGGUUUUGGAUUAUGUUCUUGGUCAGGAGAUUGGCACAGUCUACAACAGGGAAAAGCUCAUGGAGAUGCUGAAGGUGACUGAGCCAUACAAUGAUCUGGUGAAGGAAGAACUCAAUAUGAUCCAGGGUGCCCUGGAACUAAGGACCAAAACGGUGGAGGAUAUCAUGACCCAGCUCCAUGACUGUUUCAUGAUCAGAAGUGAUGCUAUCCUGGACUUUAACACCAUGUCAGAGAUUAUGGAAAGUGGGUACACUCGCAUCCCAGUGUUUGAGGAUGAACAGUCCAAUAUUGUAGAUAUCCUCUAUGUCAAGGAUCUGGCCUUUGUGGACCCAGAUGAUUGCACUCCUCUGAAAACCAUCACCCGCUUCUACAACCAUCCAGUUCACUUUGUCUUCCAUGACACCAAACUGGAUGCCAUGUUAGAGGAGUUCAAGAAGGGUAAGGCGUAG